GUUUAGCGUAACUAGCUUAAGGUUGAAUAACUAUUAGACCUGUUUGAGAAAACAGCGGAAGCAUCUUUUUUUCUAGACGAAAGUCACGUUAAAGCUAUCUUACCACUUUGCUGGAAACCAUGUCUCUGGAAACACAGGGAGUGCCUCAACUUGAGCUAGAGGCCGUUAUUGGAUUUAACGGUCACGUGUCUUCUGGUCUGAGAGUCCACCCGGACACAGAGCACCUGAUCUACCCUCUGGGCUGCUCGGUUAUUCUAAAGAGAAUUAAAGAUGGCAAGCAGGAGUUCCUGUAUGGCCACUCCAACAACGUGUCCUGUGUUUCAGUGUCCAAAAGUGGGUCCUAUAUUGCCUCUGGACAGGUCACCCUUUUAGGCUUCAAGGCUGUGGUUAUCAUCUGGGACUAUGCACAGAAAAGUAUCCACGCCGAGCUGCAGCUCCACAAGGCGAAGGUAGAAGCACUCGCCUUCUCCCCCAACGACAAGUACCUGGUGUCCCUCGGCGGUCAGGACGAUGGCAGCAUAGUGGUGUGGAAUAUUGAGACCAAGCAGGCCAUCUGUGGAAGUGAGGCUUCGGCGCACAUCGCCGGGAACUGCCUCACCGUGCAGUACUCAAACACAGACGACAACGUCUUUGUUUCUGCCGGGAGCGGAACGUUGCGAGUCUGGGUGCUGGACCUCCCCAACAGGAAGAUCCGGCCCACAGAGUGUCAGAUAUGGAAGUUGAAGAGGAUUGUGAAAUGUGUCCAGAUCUCAGAGGACGAUCAGUUUAUUUUCUGUGGCACCACCAGUGGAGACAUCAUGAAAAUCAACCUCAAGACGGGGCUCCUGAGCAACUGUGGUCCAACUAAAGGAAAAUACAGCAUGGGUGUCAAUGUCCUCAGGAUUCUGAAGUGUGGGGACCUGCUCGUGGGUUCAGGAUCCGGCACUUUCACUGUUUGUUCCGGGACUGACUUCAAAACUCUUAAGAAGGUCCAGCUGGAAAAGGGUGUCACCUCCAUCGCUGUUGGUAAAGAGGGCAAGCAGUUCUUUGUCGGGACGGAGGCCGCCCAGAUGUACCGCUUUGGUUAUGACGACUUCAGAGCGGAACUCAUUUCCACCAGCCACAACAGUGCUGUGAAGGACGGAGUCAUAUGUUUCGGAACAUCUGUGUUGUUUGCAACGUGCUCUGAGGACGACAUCAGGGUGUGGCACAUAGACAAGCCCAAAGAGCUGCUGCGCAUCACCGUGCCCAACAUGACCUGCAACUCCCUGGACUUCAUGGUCGACGGACACAGCAUCAUCAGCGCAUGGAACGACGGCAAGAUCCGCGUGUUUGCUCCGGAAAGCGGCCGGCUCGUGCUCAUCAUUCACAACGCCCACCGGAUGGGCGUGACGGUCAUCGCCGGCACCAAGGACUGCAAGAGGAUCGUCAGCGGAGGGGGGGAGGGACAGGUCCGCAUUUGGGAGCUGCUUCCGCACGGCCAUCGGCUAGUGGAGACCAUGAAGAAGCACAAAGCCGCCAUCAAUUGUAUCAAGAUCAAGAGUGACAGCAAAGAGUGCGUCACUGCCAGCGCUGAUGGUGCCUGCAUCAUCUGGGACAUUGUGCGGUUCGUGAGUCUUCAAAUGGUGAUUGCCAACACACAGUUCCGGGCUGUGUGCUACCACCCAGAGGAGUACCAGAUCAUCACCUGCGGGAGUGACAGAAAGGUGGCCUACUGGGACGUGUUUGAUGGGGCCACAAUCAGAGAGCUGGAGGGCUCGCAGUCCGGAUCCAUCAACGGCAUGCACAUCUCCCAGGACGGCAGGCACUUUGUGACAGGCGGAGAUGACAAGCUGGUGAAGGUGUGGGACUACAUGAACGGUACGGUAACCCACGUAGGGAUAGCUCACAGCGCCAGCAUCACCAGCAUCAAGAUCUGCUCCAAUAACCGCACCUUAAUAAGCACCAGCGCCGACGGAGCCAUCCUCCGGUGGAGGUUUCCUCACCCAUCUCCCUCUUAAUUUGUGGAACACCACAUGUAAACUGCCCUGGUGCAACUUCUAAUCCAGGAGCUCCACAUUCACACCCAAAUGUAUCUGACGUUCUGCCUUAAUCUAUUCUCUUAACGAUGUUAUGAGAGAGUUCAACAGUCUUACACGAAAAUAGUAAGUUAACACUCGGAAAUAAAUGCAUUUCAU